UCUGCCAUCUCUUUCACGUUGAUAUUGGUCCUUUCUAGAGAGGCACAAGGAAGCGUGAUAGCAGGAAGAUGCAACAUUUUAAAUCUGAAUUGAACGACUCCUGCUCCUGCUAUCUUCGUUCCUCUGUUUCUGGGUUCCUCUCUCUAUUCUCACUCGGCCUCCAACAUUGAGUGAUCAGAGAAGAAAAGAGACCAAAGAAAGAAAACACUUCUCAUAAAAGAUGGCUGACUGAUAUCUUUACAUUUUAUUUUUUAGCUUUCUUUGAAUACAUGUAUUGUACAUCUGUUUGGAUAUAUGUUGAUAUAAUAAAAGUAACGCAAUCUGAGCCCGCAAUUGGGGUGGUCUCUGGAGAAGGGAAGAGAUAAAAGAGAAGCUUAUGUCUAAAGCAAGCUACCCUUUUAUCUGCUCUUCUCCCUUUUUUGUGUUUUGCCUCCAAAGAAAAGAAGCAAAGCAUCUCAUUCACACACCACCCCCAUUCUCCUUCCUUUUCUCAAUGUAAGUAUCCAACUUUCCUUUCUCUAGAAUUCAGCUCCCUGACAUCUCAUUUAAUAUUGAUUUCAUCUCUCCCUGCAAAACCCAUCUAAAGCUAAGAAUCUUGCUCAAUUUCUGUCCAUUAAUGGGGUUAAAUUCGUCUUCGUUCCUGGUGCUUGAGUUCCCACUUUGCAACACUAGCUUUUCUCCUUCAACUAUGAUUUUACUAAUGAGAAACCCAGUUACAGUUAGGAUUCUUUUGAUUGAUUAUCACGUUAAUGGUGUCUAGUUGCAUUUCUAGUCGCUGGUGUUGGUCUCUUGAGUUUCGGGUUUCUGUUUUCAUUCCUCUUCAUUGGUUUUUCUUCGAUUUGCUCAUUCCUUCUUCUUUUUCUUCUUAAUAGAUUUUAGAGCUUGUGAGCGAUUCAGUUGUGUUCUACCCCUCCAAUGUCCAUUCUUAAAUUCUUUUUUUAUACUUUAACCUGCACUGAUUUAUCACGAAAAUUCACUUUCAGAGUUUUGACUCAUAUCAAGUUAUCGUCGUUUUGGGUUGAUAGGCUUGGAAUUGCAGAGUAUUUUCUUUUGGGACAGGGAUGCUUGUUUGAUUAACUGGUACUUGCUUUUCUGGUUUCCAUCAAAUUCGUACAUUUCGUAAAGGUUUCUUUUCUUUUCAUGGAAACAAUCAAGAUGUGACCAUGUUCUGGUCUGGGAAGUUUAUCUUCGGUGUGUAAAUUGUUUCAUUUUUUUAUUUUUUUCCGGAACAAUUUCUUCGUAACGUCUUCUUUCCUUUUUUCUGUAAAUAUAUUUUUUUAUUUGUCUGGGUUUCCGUUAAACUAAUCCUGUUUUAGAAAAAUUAAGCAUUUACAUAACAUAAAAGUAUUAGAGGUAACUCCAUGGAUUUCUUAACAGGGGACUCAAACAAACAUUCUUGGCAGCCAGUCAUGACUUCUGACACAACCACCCCUAGUUAUUGGUUGAACUGGAGGGUCUUGCUCUGUGCUAUUUGGCUAUUGACCUCCAUGGUAUUAGCAUCAGUGUUAAUAUGGAAAUAUGAAGGUUCUGGCGAUUCAGAAAAUGACAGAAGACAAACCCGACGACGAAAACCAGGGUCUUUAUAUGAGGAUGAAGCUUGGAGGCCGUGUUUGAAAGACUUGCAUCCCGCUUGGCUGCUGGCUUAUCGCGUUACUGCGUUUAUUGUGCUUUUGGCAUUGCUCAUCGCCAAUGUCAUUGUUGAUGGGGGUGGCAUAUUUUACUACUAUACCCAGUGGACAUUUACAUUGGUUACCAUAUAUUUUGGGCUUGGUUCAUUUCUCUCCACUUAUGGGUGUUAUCGAUGCGACAAUAAAGAUGGUGGUGAUAAGAUUGAUCAUUCUGGUUUAGAUAUGGAGCAAGGCACCAAUGUGGCUCCCACACAUGGGGAGAAUACAAAUGCCAUCAACAUGGCAAAAAGGUCAGAUGUGCAGGAGGAAAACCAUGUUCACCGGCCUGCUGGACUUUUGGUUUAUGUUUUUCAAAUUAUUUUUCAGAUGAGUGCAGGUGCUGUGAUGCUCACUGAUUGUGUUUUUUGGCUCAUCAUUGUUCCAUUUCUAACCAUGAAAGACUACAGUCUGAAUUUUUUGCUGAUUGGCAUGCAUUCUGUCAAUGUUAUUUUGCUGCUUGGGGACACAGCAUUGAAUUGCUUGCGGUUUCCUCUAUUUCGGUUUGGAUAUUUUGUUUUGUGGACAGGUAUAUAUGUCAUUUUUCAAUGGCUUGUCCAUGCUUGUAUCUCAAUUUGGUGGCCAUACCCAUUUCUCGAUUUAUCCUCCUCAUAUGCUCCAGUAUGGUACUUGUCAGUGGCUCUGAUGCAUAUCCCUUGCUAUGGCAUUUUUGCUCUAAUGAUGAGAAUGAAACAUUUCUUGAUGUUGAGAUGGUUCCCUCAGUCCUACCAGUGUAUUAUGUAAAUAGCUGUUAUGGGUCUCAUGCUAUUCCUUUAUCAUCUCAUGGUCUCACAGCAUUAAAGGUGGGGCUUCAUCAACACAAUAUUGAUUGUCAAACAAGGCCUGUGCUCCUCGGUGAAGGUCAAUGAAAAAUGCUGGAAGGUUAAAGAUUAUAUGAGGGUCAUUAACUCGACAAAAUUCAUUAACAUUUACUGUAACACUAUUGAUCAUAUGAGAAAUGUAUUUUUUUUUCAGAAACAUACAAAUGGAUACUCAAUGAAGGUAUACCUGUUUGUUUCUUUUCUUUUUGUUUUCCUCCUUGCCUUUGGGAGGAUAAGAAUUUUAGUGAAGAUCACAUUUGUUACACCACCUUUUCCUUCCCUUUGGGAAUAUAAGCAUUGUGCUAAGCACAUAACUUCUUGCAGUAAAUAGAUGUUCUAAUUCCUAGUC